AUGUUUCUUGACACAGAUAAGACCAGCACAGCCAUCUUCAUCAGCGUGACAGUGACCUUUGGGAUUGCCAGCGUUUUCGCUGCUGGCCGUCUCAUCAGCCGCUUCGGCAUCGUGAAGCGUCAUGGCUGGGACGACUAUACCUUUAUAGUAGCAUGGAUCCUCGCGUUCGGGGUAUCAUUCGCGGUCGACUUCGGCGCGUCCAAGGGUUUCGGUCUCUACGAUGACAGCGAUCAUCGCGACCAGGAGACUCGGGUCCUGGGUACGCAGUACGCGGCCAUCGUCAUGUUUAUUCCGGCCCUGACGGCCGCCAAAAUCUCCAUCCUCUUGUUGUAUCUCGAUAUCGCGAGGCAGUCGCAGAAGUUUCUUCGCGUCGGAUCCUACGUCACUCUUGCGAUUGUAGCAGUCGGAGGUGCAGUCUUGACUCUCAUCACGGCUUUCCGCUGCCGUCCUGUACAGGCAGCGUACAACCUCACCACGCAAAACUCCAGCUGCAUUCCGUUUCAGACCAUCUGGCUGACCGCGUGGCCUAUCAACAUCGCUACCGACCUCGCCAUCCUUGUUUUGCCCAUACCCGCGUUGACGACACUGCCCCUCACGCCGCUGCGGAAGAGUGCAGUGAUCCUCUCAUUUAUCUUGGGCGUCAUCUUCAUCGGUGUCAUCGAUGUGGCACGGAUCUACAGUCUUCAACUGGCUGUCAUCAAUUCUGGGAGGGAGAUCGACGCGCUCCCGUCCAGCCCCGGCGUGCCCGUCAAUGCUGGCAUUGCGCUUAUGUGGUCAGCGGUCGAGGUGAAUGCGGCCAUCAUCGGUGCUUCUAUCCCAACUCUGCCCCCGGUGAUGAAGCGAUUGACGCCAUCCAAUCCAUUGCGUCUUGAGCCUCGUAGCAGCGCGCGAGCGUUCGUGCGGUUGUUUUCAUCGCAAAGAGAGUCCGAGAACGCGCCAAGCAUCAAUGAGUUA